AAACCUUCCUUGAAUCAGGAAUCAUAGAACACAGCUUCCUCUCAAACCAGUCUCCAUAUUUUAUAUACCAAACAUAAACAUUUGAAAUUAACCUUCAGCAAAAAAAUGAUUCGAACCUGUCGAUCCUUGGCCUCCCAGUACGGGCAACACUUAAGGCUUAGAUGUAGCAGGACCUUCUCAAGUAGCGAAAUUCGCGUUUGGCCAGAAGAACCGAAGAAAAAGCCGGAAACGCCAGCUAACCCGCAUAAGAUUGAGCACAGCAGACCCAUAUUGAGUGCUCGAUACCUGGAGUUCCGGGAAAAAUUGAGACGGGAGUCGGCUCCAGAGCUUGUGCCCGAGGUACCCUACAAUCCGGCCCACGAAAAGGAGCCACUGCAGCCGUGGCCCAACAGCGUGAACCCGCAUACGGGGGAAGUUGGUGGUCCGGCGGGUCCAGAGCCCACGCGUUACGGCGACUGGGAGCGGAAGGGUCGAGUCACGGACUUCUAACACUAGUGGAAAAUCAAAUCUUCACCUUUACGCUUGUGUUUGGACUGAUUCUGAUUUAUUAACCGUGUUAACAACAGAAGCCCUCACAAUUUGUUACACUCGGCCACGGUAGCAGGCCUGAAAUCCAGAUCAAGAUGAAGCAAAUCAAGAUUCUACCGGAGCGCUUCUGCGAAGGCAUUACAUAAAUUUCUAUUGUGUGAUUUCUUUGUGGUUUCUGUGGAGAGGAUUUAUGUUGGCCCUGCCAUCAAAUAAAAAUUGAUAGCCCUUUCUCUCGCUCCUCGAAGGGGUUCCCAGAAUAGAGAGUGCGGCUGGAA